AUGACGCAGACCCCGGGCGCCCACGCCGGCGCGGCCCCGCCGGCGCCGCCUACCCCCGCCGAGGGCGCCGGGCUGUCCGAGGCCAUCGCGGCCGCGCUGCCGCCGGACCCGUACGACCAGCUGGAGGUGGCCCGCAAGAUCACCGCCGCGGCCGUGGCCGCGCGCGCCUCCCGCCUCGAGCACGAGGCCGCGCGCCUCCGCCAGAAGCUGGCCGACAAGGACCGCCUCGCCGCCGAGCUCGCCGACAGGGCCGACGCGCUCGACCAGGCCCUCCGCGACGCCGACGCCCGCCUCCGCACCGUUCUCCAAGACAACGCUAAGCUGGUGAAGGAGAGGGACUCGCUCGUCCAGACGUCCAGGAAGCUGGCCAGGGACCUCGCCAAGCUGGAGACAUUCAAGAGGCACCUGAUGCAGUCACUAGGCGAUGAUAAUUCUUCAAGCCAGGAAACAGUGGACAUCAGAACCUGCGAGCAAUCGGUCGCCAAAGCAAGUUCCUGGAGAGACGCAUCGGCGAGCAAUAAUCCUGCUGCUCCUGCAUCAUCCACCACCCGAGCCGCCGACGGAUCAUCCGAAGCCGAAAGCGUAAACCAGGAAGUGGCAAGGCCGUUCGAGCAGAAACUCACCAUCACGCACAUGACUCCGCGCCUCAUCGCCGACCCUGCGCCGAAGCAGAGGUCCUCCUCCGCCGCCUCCGCCAGGAGAUACUCCACUGCCGUGUCCCCGAAGCUGACGUCCCGCGCCUCCUCCCCUAGACGGUACUCCACGGCCGUGUCGCCGAAGCUGUCCUCCGGCAGCAGCGGCGCCGGCACCGCCACUUCCCCGCGGCUCGAAGGCCACAUGGCCAUGUCGGCGUGGCUCCCGUCGAGCAAGAUGUCCUCUGCGGCCAACUCGCCCCCUCGUGGGCACUCAGUCUCAGGGCGCACGACGAGGAUAGAUGGCAAGGAGUUCUUCCGUCAAGCAAGGAGCCGUCUGUCCUACGAACAGUUUGCUGCUUUCCUCGCCAACAUCAAGGAGCUCAACGCUCACCGGCAAUCCCAAGAGGAGACGCUCGACAAGGCGGACCAGAUCUUCGGCGCAGAGAACAAGGACCUCUUCGUCUCGUUUCAGGGCCUGCUUAGCCGUAGCCUCACGUAACACACACAAACACACACCUGUUGCCGCAAUUUAUACCACAGCAGAGUAUUAUUAUGUGCACUUUAUCACAAAAGAAAAGAAUAAUCACCAUUUCAAUAUCACACGAAGAACUGCUCCUGUCAGAUAUAGAUUAUAGACCCUGGAGCAGGUUGUGUUUUACGCUCCUUAUUGUAAUCGAGGCGAUUUUGCGCGAUAAAUAGAAAACAGAUCAAAGGGGGUAACACAUGGUAGUGAUCACAAACGGUGAGCUACAGAGCUGCACACCAAGAUUGAACAGGGUUUACUUGCAAUGGUAAGAUAAUGAGCCACU